CUGGGGGUCUGCCGCUCAUAUACGGGUUCCUCCCUCAGCUGCAUCUGCAAACAACCCCUCGCUCGUCACCAUGGUGCACUGGACAGCCGAAGAGAAGCAGCUCAUUACCAGCCUGUGGGGCAAGGUCAAUGCGGAGGAAUGCGGCGGCGAAGCCCUGGCCAGGCUGCUGAUCGUCUACCCCUGGACCCAGAGGUUCUUCUCUUCCUUCGGGAACCUCUCCAGCCCCACCGCCAUUACGGGCAACCCCAAGGUCCGUGCCCACGGCAAGAAGGUGCUGACCUCCUUUGGGGAAGCCGUGAAGAACCUGGACAACAUCAAGGCCACCUACGCCAAGCUGAGCGAGCUGCAUUGCAACAAGUUGCACGUGGAUCCCGAGAACUUCAGGCUCCUGGGUGACAUCCUCGUCAUCGUCCUGGCUUCCCACUUCGGGAGGGAGUUCACCCCUGCCUGCCAGGCCGCCUGGCAGAAGCUGGCCGGCGUGGUGGCCCACGCGCUGGCCCACGAGUACCACUGAGCCCUCGGCAGGGACCCGCGGGACGGAGAGAACUUGCUUCGUUCCAGGCCCCUCUGCACCCUGGAGGCCGGCAGGCUGCAACAGUCAAAUAAAAGCCUUGCACUGCA